CCCGCUCCGCUCCCUCCUCCCCGACCGUUGGCGACCUGACAGCGGGCAGUGCCGUAUGAUUCUCCCGGGCAGGUUCACUCCUCCUUCGUCUUCUGCGCGAUGAGGCUCCGUUUGGCCGGGGCCGUGCUGCUGGCGGCGGCCGCCUACUACGUGUACCUGCCGCUACCGAGCGGCGUGAGCGAGCCGUGGAAGCUGAUGCUGCUGGACGCGCUGUUCCGGAGCUUCAUGCGGGCGAGCGACGCGGCCCACACCCUGGGCGUGUGCCACCGUGUUCACCUGCUGAACCGGGUGGUGUCCUGGGUGGAGGUGAUCGAGGCUCGCUCCAGUCCCACCGUCAACGUGACUGACUCCACCCUGGGAGGCGUCCCCACCCGCGUGUUUCAGCCAAACGGAGAAAGCAGGCUGAGAAGAGGAGUCAUCUAUUUCCAUGGAGGAGGCUGGGCACUCGCUAGUGGCAAGAUGCGCUCCUAUGACCUUCUUUGUCGGAAAAUGGCGGAGGAUCUGGACGCCGUCAUAAUGUCUGUGGAUUACCGCCUUGCUCCCGAGGCCGUGUUUCCGGAUCAGUACCACGACGCCGUGGCAGCGUCGCGGGUCUUCCUGUCCGCUGAACUCUUGCAGCAGUACGGCAUCGAUCCGGAGCGGCUCUGCGUGUCUGGAGACAGCGCUGGAGGAAACCUGGCUGCUGCUGUGGCGCAGGAGCUCAGCCUGGAUAACUCUCUGCAGGUGAAAUUCAAAGCCCAGGCGCUGAUCUACCCAGUGCUGCAGGCUCUCGACUUCCACACGCCGUCGUACCAGCAGAACCAGGCCGUGCCCAUCCUCUACAGGCCUUACCUGGCCCGCUUCUGGCUGCAGUACCUGGGCGCCGACUCCUCCCUGGAGCCCGUCCUACUGGUGAACAACCACAGCGCUCUGGACGAGCGGGCCAUCAGCGCCGCCACCCGCUCCAAGCUGAACUGGACCGCUCUGCUGCCGGCCGAGCGCAAGAAGAACUUCAAGCCGGUCGUUAAGGAGAAGGGAUCGCCAGGCGUGGUGGGCGCGGUGCCGGGGCUGAUAGACGUGAGGGCGGCGCCGCUGCUGGCGGAGCAGGAGGUUCUGGGUAAAACGCCCAAAGCAUAUGUGAUGACGUGCGAGUUUGACGUUUUGCGGGACGACGGACUGAUGUACGGCAGGCGGCUGAGGGACGCUGGCGUUGAGGUGACGAGUGACCACUACGAGGACGGUUUCCAUGGCUGCAUGGUGUUUGCGAACCUGCCAAUGAUGUCGAGUGUUGGACAGAGAAGUAUGAGGAACUACAUUCGCUGGCUGGACCAGAACCUAUGAGCAGGACUCCACACAUAUGGGAGCUCUUAGUUGAAUUUUUAAAAAUUGUUGUAAAGAAAACCCAAAACAAAACAAGCAGUGUAAACAUCUUUACACUGCAAAAAAACAAUUAUCAGGUAUUUUUGGUCGAGUUUCUAGUGCAAAUUUCUUAUUGCACACUAAAUAAGAUAACACUAACUUGAGAGUAACUUUUCAUCAGGAAAUAGGAGCUGGUUUAAAU